AUGAACACCAAUAGAGGGGCGAUCAUGCACCGUUUCACUUCCUGUUUUGUCCUUACUGAGCUGCUGUCACUCUGAAGCAGGACAGCUCUUCACCGCCGCUCUCCAUCAGCUUAUCACUCCACCACAAGACAAGUUACUGCGUUACCUGCAAAUGGCCCCCCGGUGGCUGAGCUGCAGUACUGCAGUAUUUCUGCUCCUGGUUCAGGUUUGUCCGGCCUUCACACAGUCCUGUGGAACCCCUGGGAUUCCCGGGAUACCAGGCACCCAUGGGCCCAAUGGCGUAGACGGUCUCAAGGGAGAAAAGGGAGACCCCGGUGAGGCAGGUCAGCCUGUCAGGGGCAAGAAGGGGGAGCCAGGUCUGCGGGGGCCCCCAGGACGGCCUGGGCUGAAGGGGGACGUGGGUCUCCCAGGGCCUCCCGGUAAUCCAGGCAGGCCAGGGGAGAAGGGACAACCUUUCAAUCCUUCCAACGCUCAGAAAUCCUACUUCUCCUACAAAAGAGUAUUAUUAUAUGCACCAGACGUCGACACUGACAUCGAAUUCAACAGACCAAUUCAGCCGGAUCUGGAUCGACAGUUUCAAGGAGAACUGCUGACAAACGGAUCGUUCACAAGUGUCAUCAAAGGCAUCUAUUUCUUCAGUUACCACGUUUCAGUGAGGAGCAAAGUGUGUCUGAAACUGGUGAAGGGCAGCGACAGUCUCAUUACGCUGUGUGACUCAUCUGAAGGUUUCCUGGUCACCUCCGGCUCGGCGGUCAUAGAGCUGGAGGUCGGAGACACAGUCUCACUGCAAGCAACCCAUGCCGGCCACGCCUUGACGAGCCAGGCCAGCACCAGUCACACCUUCACCGGCUUCCUGAUCUUCCCCACCGCCUAGAGCCUCUGAUCCAUAAAAUCAUUGUUAUUAACAUCACAGACAUUUUGGGGACAUUCACACCAAUUAAAUGAAAUAUGUAUUUUCUGUAAUAGUACAUUGUCCAGCAGAGUUAAUAAUAAUACUGGCUCAGUAGUGGCACUGCUGUCAUAUCAGUGUUUUUGCACCUUUUAGCCCAUUAACUAUAAAUAGUGUAUAUUAAAGUGAGUGGUUUUUGGUUUCAAUAGAUCACUCACAGGGCAAAGUUAACCAACUUGAUUCAAUUGUUUUAAUGAAUCAUUAAUGUAGCAAAUAAGUCAUUUCAUCCUCUAAUAAACCCUGAAAGACAUUUCCAGCAUAUCAUAAAUUGAUCUUGUUUUAUCUGUGUUUCCGAAGCCUGAUAUAUCUCUUCUUCCUCUGUGCCACAGAGCUCCAUUGUUGUCCAAAAACUAUUAAAAUACACCAAUGAGCCACACUGCUGCAUUGGUUGACAUGUUCCUUCAUUACCAUGAACACA